UGCAUCCUCUUCUCAGCCUUCUGCAGCGGAGGACGCGGGAUCCCCUGACGCCGCUGUCACCCAGGAGACCUGAAACUGUGGCAUAUGACUUCGAAAGGGUAGAAGCCCCUUCUAAAAACACAGCGGAAAAUGAACAAGUUCAAGGGACCCGUGACAUUAAGAGAUGUUACUGUUGAAUUCAGCAAGGCAGAAUGGAAGCUACUGACCCCUGCUCAGAAGUCUCUGUACAAAGAUGUAAUGUUGGAGAACUACCGUCACCUGGUCUCUGUGGGUUAUCGUGUGGUUAAGCCGAGCGUGAUCUCCAAGUUGAAGAAAGGAAAAGAGCAGGAGCCGUGGAUAUUAGAAUUUUUACAUCGCAACCGUGGUGACAAGCAGCGGAAUGUUCGUGACCCCAAAGCCAAACACCAGGAACCCCAGGCUGGAACCUCAAGGAAAGAACUCACAAAACGCCGGAAAACUCCCGCCCAGCACGAAAGCUACGACUGUGGCGAGUGUGGAAAGUCCUUCUGCAAGAAGUCGGCCCUCACGGCGCACCAAGAGACACACACCAAGAGGUCCUAUGAGUGUGAGAAAUGCGGGCAGUCUUUCUAUAAGAGCGAAGACCUCACGGUCCACCAGAAAGUCCACACCAGAAAGAAGACCUACCCGUGUAAAGAGUGUAACAAAAUCUUCUACCACCUGUCCUCUCUCACUAGACAUUUGAGAAUCCACGCAGGGGAGAAACCCUAUGAAUGUAGCCAGUGUGAUAAGUCGUUCUACCAGAAGCCACACCUCACGGAACAUCAGAAAACACACACGGGGGAGAAGCCCUUCGAGUGUAAGGAGUGCGGGAAGUUCUUCUACGUGAAGGCCUACCUCCUGGUGCACCAGAAGACACACACGGGGGAGAAACCUUUCCAGUGUAAGGAGUGCGGGAAGUUCUUUUCUCAAAAGUCACACCUCACAGUCCACCAGAGGACGCACACGGGGGAGAAGCCCUACAAGUGCAAGGAGUGCGGGAAGCUCUUCUCUAGGAACUCACACCUCAAAACGCACCAGAGAACUCACACGGGGGAGAAGCCUUACAAAUGCAAGGAGUGUGGCAACUGCUUCUACCAGAAGUCAGCCCUCACUGUGCACCAGCGAACGCACACCGGCGAGAAGCCCUUCGAGUGCAGCAAGUGCGGGAAGACCUUCUACUACAAGUCAGACCUCACCAAGCACGAGAGGAAGCACACCGGGGAGAAGCCCUACGCGUGCGCCGAGUGUGGCAAGUGCUUCUCCGUCAACUCGGUGCUCCGAUUACACGAGAGGACGCACACGGGGGAGAAGCCCUACGAGUGCGAGGUGUGUGGGAAAUCCUUCUCUCAGAAGUCGCACUUUGUCAUCCACGAGCGAAAGCACACGGGGGAGAAGCCCUACAAGUGCCAGGAGUGCGGGGAAACCUACAUCCAGAAGUCACAGCUCACGGCCCAUCAGAAGACACACGCCAAGAAGGGGAAAGCUAGCAAAUAGGGCGAGUCCAGAACGCAUCCUUCUGCUCUGGUCCACACAGGAGGAAAACCUCCUAAAUAGUGAGAUAGUGAGGAAAAACUGUCAGCCAUGUUUUUCUGGGGUUUUUUUGGUUUGGUUUUGUUUUUUUUUUUUUGUUGUUGUUG